CAGACGGUUUUGGACCAAAUACUGUAUUUUAUUCAUACAAAAAGUUGCAAUUUUUCAGAUAGGAGGCGGCCGGCGGCGUGCGUCGCAACUUUUCCGCAGGACACGGCUGCCGAGUGUGUCGCCGACGUUGAUAGAGAAAGCGGAGUCGCAGUUACAGGGAGAGAGAAGACGGGAGAAAGAGAUAGGGUUUACAUUACACUCAGUCCACGGACCUCAAUCCCUAGCGACUUCUCCCUCAGCCGCCCUUCCAUUCUCCUUUCUCCUCCUUGGACUGAUUUCUGCAGCUGUUGUAGGAUCUUCGAAGAAUGUCUAAAGAAGAAAGCUCGAAAUCUAACAGAAGGACAACCCGGUCCUCGGCAGCGGCUGUUCUAAGGGAUUCUGGUGAAACUAAGAAGACAUAUCAUCCACAUAUUCCAACUCUUAAUGAUCUUGUUUUUGGAGAAGAUACCAUUAGUAAGGAAGAUCUCCUAUCUAGUUUUCCUGGACGUCAUACUCAAAUUCUUGAACUCCUUAACCUUUUAGGUCCCCUGAAUUCUCCCAUGCUUCCCCUCUUUGUUUAUGGUGGCACGUCAUCGGGAAAAACCAGUGUCAUUCUACAGACAUUCCGUCAUCUCAACCGUCCUUUUGUCUAUUCUAGCUGUCGCACUUGUUAUAAUUUACGAACUCUAUUUGAGUCUAUCUUGAAUCAGUUAUUACUUCAUCAAAAAGAUGCAGGCAGUGGAUAUUUGAGUGCAAAGCGCUGUGAAAAGCCAUCAGAUUUCGUUAACUUUCUUCGUGAAGCCUUGGUUAAAGUCGUAAAUACUCUUCAGGGAAACCCAGGAAAGCUAAGCACCAAGAAGUUGACAGGACAAGGGCAUGGACAUAUGAUCUACCUGAUUUUCGACAACUUGGAACUCGUUAGAAACUGGGACAAGAGUUCAAGCAUACUGCCUUUUCUAUUUAAUCUCCAUGAAGUUUUAAACAUGAAUGAGGUUGGAUUUCUCUUCAUCAGUAAUACUUCACCUGACACAUACUAUUCAAAUGUGGGUUACUUGGAGCCCAUCCCUGUUUAUUUCUCUGAGUACACAGAAGACGAUCUUCGUCAAAUUCUUUCGAGGAAUCAAACUAAUCAAGAGAUGUAUUCAUCCUUUCUGAGUAUUGUAUUGGGGCCAUUCUGUAGAAUUACUAGGCAAGUGAAUGAGUUAUCCAUAGCCUUUUCAUCAUUGUAUAAAACGUACCGUGAAGCUUCGGGUGAUCUGAACAAUGUUCCCAAUGAGUCCAGCAAGAGGGCACGUUUCAGUCAUUUUCAGCCACAUAUUGCCCCUGCUUUGAAUCAGAUAUUUAAAAUUUCAUCUCAGCCUUCUGAACUUAAUAAUUUAAAGGAACCAAAGAGAAAAGGUGGCAGUAAGAAACUUGGUGGGUUUGACUCUUCUGAGGACUUGGACUUUCACAUGUCUACUUCUGCAAAAUAUCUUCUUCUUUCAGCUUUUCUUGCUUCAAGAAAUCCAGCUACACUUGAUGCAUCACUGUUUGAUUCUACUGGGGGCGCUAGUAGUCGAAAAAGGAAGAAGAGGCCAUCUGAAAAGGCAAUUGAGCAGAAGGAAAUUUCAGAACAGGAGCUGCUAAUGAAAGGACCUGGAACUUUUCCAUUGGAGAGAUUGCUUGCAAUAUUUCAGUGCAUUACGUCUGUUGCAGAAACCUCGCUCGAAGAUGUGCAAGAUGUUGUAAUGGAUAGUCGAAAUGAGGAUAGCGAACUCAUGUCUGAUGUUCUCCUGCAACUUUCCAGCCUCUGCAAUGCAAACUUUGUGGUCAAAGGAGGAAGUUGCCCACUAGAAGGUUCUACACGAUAUCGCUCUACAGUGUCUGAAGAUAUGGCUUCGAAGGUGGCAAGGAGUAUUAAGUUUCCCCUCUCCAAAUACAUGUACAGAAGAUAAGUUGUGAUAAGGAAAUGUAUUUCUUAACAUGUCAGAAAGAAUCCAGAUUCUCAGGUGCCAAGAGGAAAACCUGAAGAUGGUUAGUUACCAGCUACUGCAGUAUGGGUUGAAGAACAGCAGAGAGAUAAGAAAAGGAAAACAGUGGAUUAUUUUAGCAGUGUCUUAGGUCACCCUAUUCUAUUCCUCUGCCUCUCAAAACCGUCGGCAGUGGUUGAGAAUAUAUUAAAAGAGGAUGAAAGUUGCACCUACCUUUUCAAGGAAGUAGAUAUGUACUUUUAAUUGUGAGUUGCUCAAGAAUGCUGCCCCCUUUUUGGGCCAUCUUCCACAACUUAGACCCUACUUUCCACCAGAAAUCUAUCGGUAACUUUCUUCUACCUUUCCUUUUUGACAAAAGAUAAUGCUGUUUCAUUUAAUGCCCAUUGCUUUCUUUGCCCAUCUUGCAUUCAACUCUUCUUCUAUGAACUGCUUUAUUUUGCUACUACUCAGCUUUGUCAAAUGCUAUUAAUGCCAUUGAUGUUGAUACCCAAGUGUUCAUCUUUC